UGUUCCUCUGCCCAUCUCCAAUUAAUCCCCUUUUGACUGCGAGUUGAAUUAGGUCCUCAACGGAAACACUCCGGUACAGCAGAGAUGUCGGCGAAGCAACGGAAAGCCGGAAAGAAGACCAUCACCAAACCGCCGCCGGAGCAGGAGAUCAUCAUUCUUUCCGAUUCGGAGAGCGACGGCGGGACUCCAGUACGACCCGUAUUCUGCCUCAACGUCAAAAACGGCACGGACUUGCGCAAGUUCGACGCCAUUGAGGACUGCUUCAUCCUCGAUUUCGACCCUUACGAUCAACCCGCCUCCGAUCAGAAAGUCAAAAACUUCACCCCGGAUGCCGACAUCGCACUGAUUUCCGAAAAGGGUCAGGUGGCUUGUAGAGAUUAUCCCCAUGCCAGGCAUCUCUGUGCAGAAUUCCCAUUCGACAAGACUCCACACCAGAAAUACUGCUCCAGGUGUUACUGCUACGUUUGUGAUACGGCUGCUCCCUGCGCGUUAUGGGAAGUGGGGAAAUCUCCGCAUUGCCAUGCCAUGGGGCAGGUCGCUGCUUGGCAGGUGGAAAGAGACAAGAUGCGAAAUCGACGAAUCUUGGGCUCCAAGAAUCGAUUGCUUUGUUAGUUAGAAACGACGGUGGUGCUUUUGGUUCACUCCUAUUCAAAGAUCACUGCUUUUGAGUAGCUUCAUUCAGAGCUCGACUUAAAUGGAAGCCCAGCUGGGUCUCACGGUAGAAUUUGACUUCACCCUUUUGUUUCUGUUGGUUUCCUUUAGCCAGCAGCAGAUUGUAAUUUUGAUGGUUUCAAGAUGAGAAUUGAGAUCACUCAGCAGUGGCAUUGUCAAUCUGGUUCUUUCUCUAGUUAGGGGAAAGCUUGUUUUGCUAAUGCAUUCGUCUGUCCUUUUUUGUAUCUGCUACUUGCUGACCAGUAGAAGAGACUAUGGUUCUUCUGUUUUAAGGUACCUCCAUGCUUUUGUUCAUAAAAUUGCAGGCUCUUGAGUUGUUUUUCCUCUAUACA